AUGGCAAGGAAGAAGGUGAACCUGGCAUGGAUCGCCAACGACUCGACGAGGAGGGCGACGUUCAAGAAGAGGAGGAAGGGGUUGAUGAAGAAGGUGAGCGAGCUGGCGACGCUGUGCGACGUGAAGGCGUGCGUGAUCGUGUACGGCCCUCAGGAGCCGCAGCCGGAGGUGUGGCCGUCGGUGCCGGAGGUGACGAGGGUGCUGGCGCGGUUCAAGAGCAUGCCGGAGAUGGAGCAGUGCAAGAAGAUGAUGAACCAGGAAGGAUUCCUCCGCCAGCGCGUCGCCAAGCAGCAGGAGCAGCUGCGGAAGCAGGAGCGCGAGAACCGGGAGUUGGAGACGAUGCUGCUCAUGUACCAAGGCCUGGCGGGGAGGAGCCUGCACAGCCUCCGCAUCGAGGAUGCGACCAGCCUGGCGUGGAUGGUGGAGAUGAAGGUGAAGGCGGUGCAGGAGAGGAUGGGGCUGGUGAGGGCACAGAUGGCGUCCAGCAGCCAGCAGGUGGUGCUGGAGGCGCCGAUCGAGGCACCGGCACCGAUGGCGGUGAUGAAGGAGAAGACGCCGCUGGAGGCGGCCAUGGAGGCGCUCCAGAGGCAGAACUGGCUCAUGGAGGUGAUGAACCCCAAUGACAACUUGAUGUUUGGUGGUGGAGAGGAGAUGGUGCAGCCCUACAUGGACCAUACCAACAACCCAUGGCUUGACCCCUGCUACUUCCCUUUGAACUGA